GUCGGUUGGCGCGCGGCGGGCAGGGCCGGCCGCUCGGAGCUGCUGUCAUGGCGUUCGCUUCGCUGAAGCCCCUGGAGGCGCUGAAAUACGCUGAGCUCCAGCGCAUCGCCAAGGCCGCCGGGCUGAGGGCAAACCUGCGGGUGAGGCGGGGGCGGCUGCGAGGGGACAAUGCCCACGGUGCUCCGGGUUCUGGGGUGCCCCCGUGCCCCGUGGCGAGAACGCAUUCCCAGCCUCCCGGGGCUCACCCUCCCGGGCCUGGAGCGGCGCCGGCAGCGGCACCGCCCGCGGGUGCGGCGGUGGCUUCGCGCUGGGGCGCCCCGGGGGCUGUGCUGCCGUCCGGGGCGCGGGCAAGCACUCGGGGAGGGGGAGAGCGGGGCUCCGGUGUCCCGCGGGCAUCGAGAAGGGGCGGCUGCCCCCUCCUCCGCUGGCCCGGCUGUUCCCCCACGCCGGUGUCCCCGCGCCGUUCGGCGGCGGCGCGCGUAGCCGUGUGUGUUUGUUUGGCUUGGCUUGGCUUGUUCUUUUCUUAUGGCUCGGAGCGGGAGGAGCAGUGACAAGGGAGUGCCUUGAGGGGGGAGAGGGAGGGCGCGUUCGGCGGCCCCGGGUCCCGCUGGAGCUGCGGGUGCGUGUGAGGCGCGGCCGGGCUCCUCCGGCUGCAGGGGCAGGAGCCAUCAAGCCUUGAAAGAAACUUCUUGGGUGGGCAAGGCAGCUCCCUGGCCUCGCAGGACUGCGAGUUUUUCUGACAAUGCAGACAAGUUAUUGGAAUCAUUGAAGCAACACUUUGAAAGGACAAAUGGAGAAAGUGAAAAUAUGGGUCCUGUAAAGAGUGCAUCUGCUUCUAUUAAAUCAGAUGAACUGAGCAAUCAGGAGGAAAUUUUGUCUGAUUCAGUGUGUUUCAUUACAAAAAGAAAUGGUAAGGAUAAGAAGAUAACCAGAAAAAAGAGGAACUCCCGUGAGGAAACUAAUAGCAGUGAAGAAAACCCAGUGCUUUCUGAUGAGAAACAGGUGCGUUCUGAAAUGAAAGAAAAUGAAGUGCCUCAGGGUGAGCACAAAAAGCGAGAGAAGAUACCACGAAAAAAAAUGGAGAUAACUGAAGAGAGAGCUGUUGAGAAUCCAAGGAUGGGUGCUGGCCAGAAGAAACAAGCAGAGAAGACUUCUACUAAAGGCAGGGGAGAACAACGUAAUGCCCGUCCUGCAGGAGGGAAGAUCCCUGUACGUGUGGGCCGUGCACUGAGGUCUGCAAGAGUGACAGCUACGACACCAAACUUUAAAAAGUUGCAUGAGGCUCAGUUCAAGAAAAUGGAAUCUAUUGCUGACUACGUUGAGAGAAAAAAAAAACUGAACGAAAGUUUCAGUACAGUCAAGAAACAAGCCAGUGGCAAAAGAUUUUCAUUGAGCCCAAAUCCAGAAAGAGGCAGGUUCUCCACCACCAGCACUCCUUGUAACCUGUGGCGCUCACCACACAAUUCUCUGAACGCUGCUCAUCGGAGCAUUUUAUCCCAGAAGUCUUCAUUUCAUCCUUCUGUACUUUCAACAUCCAAAAUGAAUGUCAGAUUCUCAGAAGCCACAAAAGAUAAUGAGCACAAACGCUCUCUUCUCAAGACUCCAUCUAGAAUGUCUCCAUACAUGGAGGAGAUCUGCACACCUGACACUCAAAAGAGCUGCAAACUAAUAAGUCAGAAGAACAGUAAGGGAAAUGCAAAAAAUAAUGAUCUGACUGCAUCAAAGGUCCUUACCCCCUUCAAGUUUGGAGUUCAACCUGCAGAACCCACAAGUGGAAAGAAGACAUUUGAUCUCAAAGCAAGCCUCUCGCGGCCACUUCGGUAUCAGCCACACAAAGGACGACUGAAGCCGUGGGGAGAAUUUAAAGAAAAUGCUGUUCCCAGUAGGUCUGGUGGUGUCUGUUCACAUAGGAAAGAUUACAAACAGCCACAUCUCCAGACAAGGGACGAAAGGCGUGAGACACUUGAGCAAGAGAGAAAAAAGAAAAAGGCUCAUGCUCUUGGCAAACGUAGAGGCCUAUCUGGGUGUUAGAACAAACAAGGAUCUAAGACUUCAUUGUAAAUACUGUUCCUCUUGUGAAAAAUGCCAGUCAUUUGUUUUUACAAAUUUAAAAAGUUUAAUAGUAAUAAAAUGGUAAUAAAAAAGUAAUAUAAUUAGAGUAAUAAAAUUUGAAUAAUUGAGAUUAGAACAAUAUGACACAAAAACAAAGAGAUACGGACGUCCAGGUACAUUUUUCUGGGCAACACAAGCCCGAAAAAGGACCUCAGUUAACAGAGGAUUAACCCUUAAAAACAAUCGCCUGUUGCACAUUCAUACAUCUCAUACGUGAUGCAUAAAUUCCAUUCAAACACAG